AUGAACCCAGAUCGAGACGAGAAUGUGGUUGGCAUCCAAGCGCUCAACAGCGAAAACGAGGCCACUCGAUUCGAUGAGGCACUAAACGGUUAUUUCCGUUCUGCCGAAAACGACCCAGAGAAAUGUCUAAAGCAGCUCAAGCGAAUUCUACGCGACGCAGAAGCCCCAGUGCAGUCUCAAUACAUUCGAAGACUCCACGCAGCGAUUUUGCACCAACUUAAGCGUGCAAAGACGUCGCCUACUGUCUUCUCCAGGGCGGUACAGCUUUGUCAAGAAAUUUUCAAACGAUCGACAGUGCUCCGAGCGCUUAUAGCAACACAAACGUCCUCAUUCUUUGGCCAGUUGCUGCUAGCAGCAGGUGAAGACCCGAAUGGCAACGUGUCGAAAGCUUUAAGAGCCAGAAAUCGCGACUCGCAGCAGUUAACGAUGGUAUUGGGGCUGAUUGAGACGUGGAAACAGGACUUUGGGGACAGAUAUCCCUCCAUAGUGGCAGCGUAUAAUGUGCUAGAGGGUAAAGGGUAUAGAUUCCCUCAUGAACGUGAGAGACAGCAAGAGGUCAGGGAGCGAGAAGUGAACACGCGACGACAUCGAGAGCGAGUGAGAAAUGCCAAGAAACAACAGCGAGAUCGAGAGAUGAAGCGGUAUGUGCCAGAGAUGGAGCAGGUGCUGGUCGAGAUGAAUCGUGUGUUCGAGAUCUUGGUGCCGACGCUGGAUGCCUUCCACAUGGAGGACGAUACCGAGGAGAAGCCGACUUUAGCCUCGAAUGCGGAAGAGCAGGAGGAUGUCGAGUGGGAGAGUGUGGGAGAGGAAGGAGACGACGCCUUCGAGGACGAUACCAGCGAAGGCGAAGUUGCUGAAGAUGGCAUGGAUAUAAACGACAUUGUGCAGGCCUAUGGACUCGGUAGCUCGUCGUAUCAGCUGACAAUUGAAGUGUCCAAGCAGGUAUGCGAGGAAUCUUCGGAGAACGACGCACUGUAUCGAACUCUAGCUGACGGUGCAUUGCGCAUACGAAAGCGUUUUAAACCAUUAUUGGACGACUGGGAACAGCACUCUACGUUGGAAGUACAAGCUCCAUCCGAUUUUUUAAAUUUACAGCCUCAGCGUGAGGUGCUACAACGGAUUAAUGACCUCCGAGAUCGAAUGACACAUACGCUACUAAAAUGGGACGAUCUCGUCCACGACUCGAAGAAAUCCAAACGAGAUGACGCUAUUCAGUCGGCAGUGGUAUCGGUGCCCUUGGAUUCGUAUAACUUACCCAUCAAACGCAAACGACGAGCGUAA